GAAAACAACAGUGUGGAAGUUAAUGACCAUUCUGUCUGUGGUGUCCUCACAGUGGUGGAGGGCAAGAGGCUUCCAUAGUCUCGCCGGGGCGCUAAGGGGCAAGGCUGCACUAGCUUCAGCGAGGCUUUCACCAGCUGGAUGCGGUUCUUAUUCAUAGCCAGACUUGGUACCCAGCAUGCUGUUUAUAUACACGUUAAUCUCUUGCACUUUUUUCACCGGUGUAAGUGGAUUUUCACAUACAGUUAUAUAGUUCUGACGUGUUCUCCCGCGUGGCACUUUCACAACCUCUGUCAUGGCUCCAGCACACCAGUGGAGGUGUCUCACAGCCUCAUCACUUGCCACGCCGCUCUCUCUUGCUGCCGCGCUGCUCCCUGAGUGCAGACGUGUACUUAACGAUGUGACCCCAGUGUUGUCUCCAAUCUGCAACACAUCACGGAAGGCGGCGCCUCACAGUCUCGCCUAUCCUAGCGCUGCUCUCACUCUCCACCGCGCUCCUUAAUCCCCAAGUAAAAUUAUAGUGAAAGAGUGACAAUUUUCGGUCUCAAGUUUUCCUCUUCAGCGGAAAAUACUCCAAUGCUCUCGAAGUACUGGAAGUGCUAUCUCUACCUGGUGAUCGGUGUCCUCUUGGCUUUGUCUCUCCAUUACAUCGCUCCGAGAGUCAUUCCGACCACGCUCCAAGCUGUCGCCAGGAAGGGUGCCUUCCUUACUGAGCCUAAGCUACUUCAAAGCCAAGUCCGGGGCGACUCGGAUCACUCAGUCCAAGAACAGCCAGUAAAUUCAGGCCAAGAACACACAAGCCAAGACCACGGACACUCCAGAAGACUGGAGGUGAUGCCUGUCAUGGGCACCCAGCUCACCAAUGCCUCACGCGCCACGAUACUCGACUGUGCCAAGGGGGAACCUCGAGACAGUAAACCAGCUGCCGGAGAGACACCGGGGCCUCUACACGAGUGUUCGGUGGAGGUGGAGUUGAGUCCGUGCUCGUGCAAGCGGACCAUCACAGUUCACCUGCCUGAGCCGUGUUUCAGCACCUCCCCUGGGCGUCUCCUGCAACACAUCAAGGACAGUCUCGGGGAGUCAGCGUGCAGUGACAUCGCUACUCUCAGAGGCGCGGGACAAAAGGUCGUGAGCUACUCCGUGGGCGGCCUUAAGUCUGCCGAUUACGUCUUUGGAGCACAGCAGCUAGUGCCACGUGUUGCAGAGGUGAGUGGCAGUGCAUGGUGACACGACACAACCACGAGAGCAGGUCUUCUU